AUGGACAUCAUUUCCAUUCUUUGCAUCAUCAUUUUAAUAUGCAUUUUACUUGUUUUUGUCAGGCUCUUCGCUGCUGGCGGUGUUAACCAUUCACAUCGUGACUUAACACACAAAGUGAUAGUAGUUACUGGAGGUACACAUGGAAUGGGUAGAGUCUUAGUUGAAGAGUUGUCCUCCAGUGGUGCACAGAUAAUCUCUAUGUCUCGCAACGACUCUUUAUCUAAUGCUGUCCUACAAGAGAUAAAAUCAAUUCACAAAGAUGCAAAUCUGUCGCACAUCCAUCUUGACUUAAACGACUUGGCGUCAGUCAAAAGUGCUGCCAUUGAACUUUCAAAUAAAGUGGACCACAUCGACUUUUUGGUGAAUAAUGCAGGUAUCAUGUAUGCGCCAUUUGGGAAGACUAAACAAGGCUAUGAGACACAAAUGGGUGUAAAUUAUUUGGGGCACUUUUUGUUGACAAAUUUGGUUCUUCCAAUGAUCGAAAAGUGCAACGGCCGCGUCAUUAAUUAUUCUUCGAUAAUGUCACUGUUUUACAAACAGACGGACUUUCCAUUUACAAUUGAUGAAAAGGAAUUUUCUUCAAUGAAGUGCUACUGUGAGUCAAAGCUUGCUAUGGCUAUGUUCGCAAAACAACUUUCAAUUAAAAAUAAUAAAAUCACAACCGCUUCGUUACACCCAGGAGGAGUCAAUACUUCUUUGUUCCAGUUCUACCCAAAAAUAUUGGUGAUUAUUGCUCAUCCAUUGCUCAGAAUUGUUUUUAAGUCACCACUUGAAGGUGUUCAAACAGCUCUCCACUUAAUUCACGAAGAAAAUGUGACUAAUGGAGCGUACUAUGCAGACUGCAAAGUUUCAAAACGACGCAACAAAUUUUUGGACGAUGAAAAGUUACUUGAAAAAUUGUGGGAAGAAUCUAUUACGGCAGUUAAAGACUUUUUAAAUUAA